AUGCAUCGAUCAAACUAUCAUACAGAUAAUCCUGAAAAAUAUUUUAAAAUAAGUGUAUUUCUUCCAUUUCUGGACAAUUUAGUGCAACAAUUAAAUGACCGAUUUAUAAACCACAAAAAUAUUAUAGCUGGCUUUUAUUUUCUCAUUUCUAAUAAAAAUUGUAAUCAACAAGCUAUCAAAGAUUUAAGUGAGUUUUAUUCUGAUGAUAUUGAUCAAGAAGUUAUUGAAACAGAGGUAAAGUUAUGGCAUACACGUUUGGAAAAACUAAGCAUAAAAAGUGUUCUUGACGCUCUUGAUAACUGCAAUAAAGACCUAUUUAUUUAUCUAAACUUAUCUACUUAUUUAUCCAAACUGCUGGACUCGUGUAUCAUCCAACAUUCAAUAUACCAUUAA